AUGUUCGACCCGAUAGAAGAAGCAGUAGCGGACAUCAAAGCUGGCAAGUUCGUCGUCGUCCUCGACGAUGAAGAUCGUGAAAACGAAGGAGACCUCAUCAUUGCCGCAUCUCUCUGCACCACCAAGCAAAUGGCUUGGUUCAUCCAACAUACUUCCGGAUUCAUCUGCAUUUCUCUUACCCCGGAACGCAUCGCUGAACUCCAAAUCCCUAUGAUGGUACCAAACAAUACGGAAAAGAACAAGACAGCUUACACCGUCACAGUCGACUACAAGCACGGCACCACAACCGGUAUCUCUGCUCACGACCGUGCCCUCACUUCCCGUCAACUUGCCGACGGAUCGCUCAAAGCGACACCGGAGGACUUCACAAGACCAGGACACAUGAACCCACUACGAUACACAGAAGGAGGCGUAAGGGUGAGAAUGGGCCAUACGGAAGCAAGUGUAGAUUUGUGUAAAUUGGCCGGGUUGCCGCCGGCAGGGUUGCUGUGCGAGUUGGUGGAUCCGGAUGAUGAGCAGGGAGGAAUUGCCAGUAGGGAUGCUUGCUUGAAAUUUGCAAAGAAGUGGGGGUUGAAGGUGACUACGAUCGAAUUGUUGAAGAAGUACAGGGAGAAGACCGAGGGAGAGUUGAGAGCAGAGGUGAAGGCGAGAUUGGUGGGUGACGAAGCAAGGGGCGUCAAGAUGGAUGGACAGAAGGUGGUGCCGCCUACUGCUGCGAAUGAUGUUAUAGCAUGA